UGAGGGGCGACCGCCACUGCUGCUGCCUUCGCUGGCGGCGGCUCCGCUAAGAUGUCCGAGCGCGGCGGCUUCUACCGGCAGGAGCUGAACAAGACGGUGUGGGAGGUGCCACAGCGCUACCAGAACCUCACGCCCGUGGGCUCGGGCGCCUACGGCUCCGUGUGUUCAGCUUAUGAUACCAAAACAAGACAGAAGGUGGCAGUAAAAAAGCUUUCAAGACCUUUCCAAUCGCUUAUACACGCAAGGAGGACCUACCGAGAGCUCAGGUUGCUGAAGCACAUGAAGCAUGAGAAUGUUAUAGGAUUGCUGGAUGUUUUUACACCUGCAACAUCAAUAGAAAAUUUUAAUGAAGUGUAUCUUGUGACGAAUUUAAUGGGCGCUGACCUAAAUAACAUUGUGAAGUGCCAGAAGUUAACAGAUGACCACAUACAGUUUCUUAUAUAUCAGUUACUUCGAGGACUUAAGUAUAUUCACUCAGCUGGAAUCAUCCACAGGGAUCUGAAGCCCAGUAACUUAGCUGUAAAUGAAGACUGUGAAUUGAGGAUUUUAGACUUUGGUUUAGCUCGACAAACCGAUGAUGAAAUGACAGGCUACGUUGCAACAAGGUGGUACAGAGCUCCAGAAAUCAUGUUGAACUGGAUGCACUACAAUCAAACAGUUGAUAUCUGGUCUGUUGGAUGCAUCAUGGCAGAGUUACUGAAAGGGAAGGCCCUGUUUCCAGGAGAUGAUUAUAUUGAUCAACUAAAGAGAAUAAUGGAAGUUGUGGGUACACCCAGUUCUGAACUUCUGAAGAAGAUAUCAUCAGAGCAUGCAAGAAAGUACAUUGAAUCUCUUCCACAUAUGCCUCAACAGGAUUUGAAAGCAGUGUUUCGUGGUGCCAAUCCAUUAGCGGUAGACCUUCUUGAGAAGAUGCUGAUACUGGACAGUGACAAAAGAAUUACUGCCUCGGCAGCCCUUGCACACCCAUACUUUGUACAGUAUCACGAUCCGGAUGACGAACCUGAGGCUGAGCUCUAUGAUGAGUCAAUAGAGAAUAAAGAGCGAACCAUAGAAGAAUGGAAAGAACUUACCUAUGAAGAAGUGAUGAGCUUUAAACCACCUGACCUGAAAAUGGAUAGCCUGGAAAUAGAACAGUGAACGCUGGCAGCUGUGCUUUGCCUUGCUGCACUACGAGGACUGUUAAAACAACCGUACAAUUUAACCUGUGUUCAAAUACACAUAGAUUUCACUAUCCAAAGAUGUGGAAAAGCAGAUACGUUACACAGAAGCCAGAUGUUGUCUGUUUCGAGGUUUUCUUACCUUGUAAUAUGAAUGUACUCCCAGUUCAUAAAGGGUGAUAAAGAACUGCUCUGUUCUGACAAAAUUAUGCACUGAGUUCUGUUUAACGGUGUUUUCUGCAUGUUUCAUUUUAUCAGUCGUAUUGCCAAAAUGAAGGUGAUGUUUUUAAUUAAUUUCAAAGUUGUGCAUUUAACGCAUGAAUGUAUACAAACAUAAACAUAGAAUUCCAUACAGGCAAUCCUUUUUUUUUUUUUCCUGGCGUUAGCCUGAUUUUAACUGUCUGUUUUCAUUUUAUUUAUAGUUAGUGCCUUUAUGAAGAGAGGGUGUGGUAGCAAGAUAGACAGAAUAUGCACACGUAGUCCUAUCUGUGGUGGUCUGACAGAUUUACUAGAUGUCUCUCAAACAAUCUAGCACCAGUUGGAAGUCAGUAAAAAAUAAAUCUUUGUCUUCUGUUGCCAUUAAAGUGUCUGUCCUCGUUCUUUUAUCUUUAAUCUGCACAGUGCCAGUUUGUGAGCCCAUUGUAAUUCCCCAUGGUGCUCCUAACCUCACCUGUGCCGGAGGGCUGCUGGUCUUGCACAGUUUACAGGAGGGUGCCCUGAAGGCACCCAGCACAUUUCUGUGGUUUUCUGCAAACAUCAGCCAAGGCUGUCACAGAUCAAAGUGCAAGAAUUCCAGUUCAACACUUGGAAUUCAAUAUUCCUCAUGAUCUUAUUUUCUUUCAAUUGAUCUGUGAGAAAGUAGUCUACAAAGUGCCAUUGGAAGACAAGACAAAAUGAGGUUUAAGAACAGAUUUGUGAAAAACAAAGUAGCCAUCUUGACAGAUUUUCUUUUCAAGCAAAAUGUGAAAGGCUUUCCAGCUUGGAAAAUUAGAACGUACGUAAUAAAUUGCAGGGCAGACUGCAUACUGAGUUGUAUUAAAUAAUUUAAUUUAUUGCCUUUCCCAGUGGAAGGCAUAAUACUAAGACAGGAAUAUCCUUUGGCAUAAGGCCUCCUGUGAUUUAAUGGCUGUCUUUCUCACGUACUAACAAGCUUGGUUGCACAAACUACUCAGUGUUCUUUUUUGUGUCUUGUUCUCAUUGUCAGAGUCUCAUUUUGGAGGUGGCUUUUUAUAUUACUUAGGUUUUCUUCAACUUUUGUCAUUAAGAUCUAGUUGUACAGCUAUUACAUGAGAUAAUGAAUUCUACUGCCUUUGUUUACCUUCCUCUGUAUCUUUUCUAUGUAAAAAGAUUUUUUCUUAAUA